CAUAGGGACACAGCUCGUAUUCGGAUAACUGCGGCAACUCAGAAAAGACUUUUACUGCAAAUCUUUUGAGCAUUUAUUGUGGAAUUUUCAACCACCAUGGCUCCGAUUCUGCUGAACUGUAUGGGGAAUGAGCACGAGGACUAUAUCAAGCAACCAGUCCAUGUGAAAAAUCCAAAUCUUUUUACGAUGGAGGAAGAUAUUCUCUACCAUUUUAGCCUGAGCACCAAAACUCACAAUCUUCCGGAAAUGUUUGGAGAUAUAAAGUUUGUGUGCGUUGGUGGGAGUGCAAACCGAAUGAAGGCCUUCGCACAAUUUAUCCACCAAGAACUUUCUCUGCCCGGAAACCCCGACGACAUCCAAGACAUCUGUGAAGGAACGGACCGCUACUGCAUGUACAAAGUUGGGCCAGUUCUUUCUAUAAGUCACGGAAUGGGGGUCCCAUCUAUCUCCAUUAUGUUGCAUGAGCUGAUCAAACUCCUGCACCAUGCCCAGUGCAGAGACGUGGUGCUUUUCCGUCUUGGUACUUCAGGAGGAGUUGGUCUUCCAGCGGGCACAGUGGUCGUCACGGAUAAGGCUGUGGACUACUCCUUCCAGGCCAAGUUCGAGCAGGUGGUUCUGGGUAAAGUCAUCACCAGGAGCACAGAGUUGGAUGAGGGAGUGUCCAAUGAGCUGCUCCAAUACUCCACCGAGAUCCCCAACCUGCCCACGGUCAUCGGAAACACCAUGUGCACCCACGACUUUUACGAAGGUCAGGGCAGACUAGAUGGCGCUCUCUGCUCUUUCUCCCAUGAAGAAAAACUGGAAUACCUGAGAAAAGCAUACGAGGCCGGAGUGAGGAACAUCGAGAUGGAAUCCACAGUUUUCGCUGCGAUGUGCCGAGUCUGUGGUCUCAAAGCGGCCGUCAUUUGCGUGACGUUGUUGAACCGUUUUGAAGGAGACCAGAUCACAUCUCCUCAUGACGUUCUUGUGGAGUAUCAGCAGAGACCACAGAUUCUAGUCUCCUACUUCAUCAAGAAACGACUUGGACUGGUCGCCUAAUUUAUUCUCUUUCUGAAUUGUGAAUAUGUAAAUAAAAGGUACUCAGUUUUUCUAUAUAUAGUCCACACUUAUUUAAACGUUUGUUAGAUCACUUGUAUAUCUGUAUGUAUUGCUCUUCACUUUGUAUAUAGUUUGUUACAAUAAACAUCGGUGCUACUGUACAGAAGUGAUCAGUCGUUUAAUCAUAUUAAAUGUGUUUUGUGCUUUUGAAUUGCUCUAUGAAAAGUAAAUAAAGUUUAAACUACAGGGAAAUGUCUGUCAAGCUGUACACUCGUGGUUAAAUAACAUAAGACUAUUACUUUGUUUGGUGGGAUCGUCUCUGUUAUCGAUGCACAAUCAUGGGCUGGAUUUGCUGGAUCAGGUAUCGGUUCCAUGAUAUCGGUUCAGACCCUUGAUUGAAAAAUUAGAUUAUUUACUGACUUAUACAGGCCCUCAUAAUGUUUGAACUUUUAUUCAUACAGAGUUGUUCAGUAGUUGGAAAAUAACUACUUCCAAAAUAUAUCUAAUUGUGUUAUGUAACUGUAAUACUGGAUAUCGGUCAAAAUCAAUCUAAAAUGCGAAGAAAAUGUGCACACUGUUUAAACCUUCAUUUAAGAAAAUACAGGCGUUGUCUAAUUUAUAUAAUCGUUUUUAUUUGACAAAUAAAUACAUAUGACAAGCUUUGGCCCUUGUCUACUAGAUGGUUUCUAAUGCAGUGUCUCACAAACUUUUUUUUUCUGGGGACCCAUAUUUUAAAAGUCACAAACCUUUAUGACCCAAGUCAAUAGACAUU